AUGAAUGUUUCGAGAAUGCUACUCACAUCCUCUGUUAUAAGAGGGAAUAAAAAUAUCAUAGCAGCGUCAAGGGUCGCUAUGCUAGGAAGCAGCAUAAUGCUCAGAGCAGUAAGCACACAAAGGGGAACCUUUGGCAAUACUGAAUCAAAACUGAUACAGCAACGUCGCUUUUAUGUAGACGCAAAGAAACCUGAAGAAACGCAAGGUUCUUCCUCCCCACCUCCAAAGACCUCGGCAACGAUAAACAACACUACCAAGACUAAUAAUAAGGCAGCCACACCGCCACCACCAACUCAACAGGUCUCACAUGCAAUUUUAGCCUCGCAAGAACAAGUAGCCAAUAAAGAAUUGACAAAUCCCGAUGCUCAGGCAAAUUUCUACAAGAUUCUUUUACAAUCAAAUUAUCCUCAAUAUGUGGUUUCUAGAUUUGAAACUCCAGGAAUUGCCUCAUCUCCAGAAUGUAUGGAAUUAUAUAUGGAAGCAUUGCAAAGAAUAGGAAGACAUUCCGAAGCAGACGCUGUUAGACAAACGCUGUUAACUGCCAGCUCAGCAGGUGCAGUAAAUCCAUCUUUGGCAUCUUCCUCCAACAUGGGGUCCCAAAAUUAUCAUGGAACUUUCCCAUCUUUGUAUAGUCCAUUCUAUGGGUCUCGAAAGGAACCAUUACAUGUCAUAGUAUCAGAAUCCACUUUUACUAUCAUAUCAAGAUGGGUGAAAUGGUUAGUUGUCUUUGGUUUAAUUACUUAUGGUGUAACGGAAGGUUUCAAAUAUAUCACUGAAAACACAUCACUUUUGAAGAAUUCUGAAGUGGCUGAUAAAUCCGUCGAUGUAGCCAAGACAAAUGUUAAAUUUGAUGAUGUGAAAGGAUGUGAUGAAGCACGUGCUGAAUUAGAAGAAAUUGUUGAUUUCUUAAAGGAUCCAACUAAAUACGAAUCAUUAGGUGGAACUUUGCCAAAGGGUGUCCUUUUAACUGGUCCACCAGGUACGGGUAAAACUUUAUUAGCUAGAGCAACAGCUGGUGAAGCAGGUGUGGAUUUCUUUUUCAUGUCCGGUUCAGAAUUUGAUGAAGUUUACGUCGGUGUAGGUGCAAAGAGAAUUCGUGAAUUAUUUGCUCAAGCUCGUGCUAGAGCUCCAGCUAUCAUAUUUAUCGAUGAAUUAGAUGCCAUUGGUGGUAAGCGUAAUCCAAAGGAUCAAGCUUAUGCCAAACAAACUUUAAAUCAAUUAUUAGUGGAAUUAGAUGGGUUUUCUCAAACUACAGGUAUUAUCAUUAUUGGUGCCACCAAUUUCCCAGAAGCAUUAGACAAGGCGUUAACAAGACCAGGUAGAUUUGAUAAAGUGGUUAAUGUUGAUUUACCAGAUGUUCGUGGUCGUGCAGAUAUCUUGAAAUUGCACAUGAAGAAAGUAACAUUGGCAUCUGAUGUGGAUCCAACUUUAAUUGCUAGAGGUACCCCAGGUUUAUCAGGUGCAGAAUUGUCCAAUUUAGUUAAUCAAGCAGCUGUGUAUGCAUGUCAACAAAACGCCAUUGCUGUAGACAUGUCACAUUUUGAAUGGGCUAAGGAUAAAAUUUUAAUGGGUGCUGAAAGAAAGACUAUGGUGUUGACUGAUUCUGCAAGAAGAGCCACAGCAUAUCACGAAGCAGGUCAUGCUAUUAUGGCAAUGUUUACCACUGGUGCCACUCCAUUAUAUAAGGCUACCAUUUUACCCAGAGGAAGAGCCCUUGGUAUUACAUUCCAAUUACCCGAAAUGGAUAAAGUAGAUGUUACUAGAAAGGAAUGUUUAGCCACUUUGGAUGUUUGUAUGGGUGGUAAGAUCGCUGAAGAGUUAAUAUAUGGUAAGGAUAAUACGACAAGUGGUUGUGGUUCAGAUUUACAAAGUGCCACAAACACUGCAAGAUCAAUGGUCACACAAUAUGGUAUGAGUGACGAAGUGGGACCCAUUAGUUUAGCCGAGAAUUGGGAAAGUUGGUCUAAUAAAAUACGUGAUGUGGCAGAUAAUGAAGUUAUUGGCCUACUAAAGCAAUCAGAAGAUAGAACCAGGAGAAUGCUCGCGAAGAAGAGCAUAGAAUUACAUAGAUUAGCUCAGGGCCUGAUGGAGUAUGAAACGUUGGAUGCCAAAGAGAUUGAUCAAGUUUGUAAAGGUGAACCACUGGAUAAACUGAAAAUGUCAUCCAAUACAGUAAUAGAGGGUCCUGAUAGUGAUGAAAGAAAGGGUAUGGGGGAUAAACCAAAGAUUCCAUCCUUAAUUAGGGCAAAAUGA